UGAACUAACUAAAACUCGAAAGCUCACUUGUAUUAAUUAACCAAUCUGAUUACAAGGAAUUUCCCGAUCGGUAUGUCGGAAACUAUGCUUUAAUACAAGAAAUAAGAGCAAAUGAUGCUAUUCUAGAGCUUGAGUAUUGAAAUGCUAACCCUUACAAUGACUUGAAACCUUCUAUUUAUACUAAUGGAGAGCAUGGGCUGCCUCUUGCUGAUUGGCCGUUGUUCCACCGACUUGGUCAUCCAUGCUUCCACUUGCUGAUGUCAUAGUCUGACAUUAAUUGCACCUGGCCACUUGCUGGUUGGCCGUUGCUCGAACGGGAUGUUGGGCUGUACUGAAGAUGCUGUCAAAUUGGCCCAAGUAUGAUAUAUAGCCCGAACCUCGUUCGGUAUGUCUUCUUACUGGGCCAAUCUUUAUUUAGGCCGAACUCCGUUCGGUAUGUCUUCUUACUGGAUCUAAUCAUCAUAGAGUGAUGGGCCCGUUGCUUGGGCCGGAUAUCUUGGGCCUUCUCGAUCUGGGUAUUGGGCCUCUAGGUCAAUAUCCCAACACAAGUCCCCCACUUCCGAUGUCUCGAACGAAGUGAGUGCAUUAGGAAGUAUAUCAAUGUUAUAAUACCCCGAAUGGCGAUCGUGGUACAAAAGUAAUCAGUUCCCCAUUCCGCGAUUCGACGGCUGCCGCUUCAUUUCCCCAUAUUCAUCAUGAUAAUCGUCGUUUAGUCUUUUCAUUAGACACGUGUUUAGCUUAAAUGCUCCUAGUGACGUGUCGCUCUCUGAUUGGUUCUCGACACGGCGGUUUCAAGGCUAUAAAUUAGCCUUUAACUUCUCAAUUCCGGGUUUCGAUUCUGCAAUUCCUUGGCCUUCGUUGUUUCCUCUGCAAUUUUCUCCCUCCUUCCUUUGCUCAGGUAAUUUCCCAACUCCGGAUUCCCUAUCUUCAUUUCUGGCUUCGACCGAGAUGAGCCCCAAAGAGCAUUCCUCUGAUUCGGAGAUGGCCUCUCAUGGAGAUGACCGCGACGCCGCCAUUGUGGAUGUCAUCACAGUUCCGUUUGCCGGUGUUUCUACUGAAACGGCGACGAAUACCAGGGCUGAGGCGAAGGACCUCCCUAGCACCUCUUCUUCCUCCAGUGAGGAUUCCGACGACACCAAAUCCGAGGACGAAAUAGCCCCCAUGGCGGCCGGUCGUCCCAACGAUGUUCCUCGCCAUACCCUUGACCUAAAAUUGAUUAGGGAGAGGCGGCAAAAAUUGACCUCUCAUAAUAGGGCCGAAAUUCCGGCCCUUAUCCCUGACCCGGUGGAUUUCCGUUUGCAAGCUGGGCUUCACCCAAUGCGUCAUAGGCCCGGAAUGACCAUAGUCCAUUUUGACUCAAUUAGGGCCGGCCUUAGGUUUCCACUACACCCCUUUUUCAUUUCUUUCUUCAAUUUCUACGAAGUUGUACCGGCCCAUAUUAUGCCGAACUCCUAUCGGGCAAUGGCGGGUUUUAUUUGUCGUUGCAAAGAUGCCGGCGCCCGACCAACCCUAGAACUCUUCCAUUAAUUCUUCAAAGUAGCCCCCCAACAAACCCACGGCUAUCUGGCCACUAGUGCCCGAACGGGACACAUCCUGUUCAAGGGAAACCCAACUUCAAUCAAAGGGUGGAAAGACCGGUUUUUCUUCGUGUCUGUCCCGGACGGUCUAAUUCCCCGCAAAUGGAAUGCCUUCCCCCGCAAGACUCCUGAUCCUGUCCUCACUGAAGAAAUUUACAAGGGCGUGCUUGCUGUGGAGAAGGAUAAAUGCAUGGACAUCAUGAGUUAUCUGACUCCCGAACGACUUAUUACCGGGAUAGGUACUGCCCGUUCUCUUGGGUUUACUUGUUUUGAGAAACCAAGUGCCAUGGUCCGGGCGGUCCUUCCCGUGCGAGAAACGUUCUUUUAUUCCUUUUUCUAGUUUCUCACACGCUAAGGCCGCUCGAUACUAACAUUCUCCUUUGUCUUUUUUCAGCACCAAACCCAGAUCUACCUAUGGAUGACAGCAGAGUUAUCGCAGCCGGUGGGGCCGGUAAGCGGAAAAAAUCCAGGAAGAACCCCCAACCUACUCCCACCAUUAUUCAUGCUCAGGAUGCUGCCCCUUCUCAACCGCUUCCAGAGCCUCAGCCAAUACAGCAGGUCCAUCAGGACCAAUUUGAGGCCAUGCUGGUCGACGACCGGUUCGGCUCUGACCAACUGCACCAAUUUUCUCAGCAUUUCGACUCCGUUCGGGGGGAACCCUCGAAUGCUGGUGAGACCCAUACCGACCAUAUUACGGGUCAGGUCGAGCGGAUCUCCCUAUCCGACCCUGUCCAUGAGGUAUUAGAGAGGGCCGGCUCUACCGCGAGCCAGAUCUGGUCGACCUCCUCUUGGUUCAACAACUUUUCCCUUCCUCAGUUGCCGGUCGAGCAAUCUGAGGAAUGUCUGGCCUUGACCGCUCUGAAGGUACAUCAUCUUUUGCGCUUUGUUUUUUUUAUUCUCUGUAAUCAGUAUUAACUCUCGAACGGUAAUCUGUAGAUGGGUUUGUACACCCUUCAGAUGCGGGAAGCCCGUCUGGCCAAGGAGCGGGAACUGAUUGUCGCCCAAUCUUCUGCUGAGCAAAAUGCUGCUGCAGCCAUCUCUUCUCUGGAGGCCGAACGGAGGGCCUUUGCGGAGGAGAAGCAGAGGCUGGAUGCUGAGCUUGGUACCCUUCGGGUCCAACUUGCAGCUUCCCAGGCCAAGGUCCUUGCCGCUGAGGCCGCACAGGUUAAAUUUGAAGAAAUGCCAUCCAGCAUCCCGGACGGUCCUUAUGAAGUGAACGUGGAUCUGUCCGCCGUCCGGGAAACAUUGAAAUCCUCUGAUGAAUUCUCCAUGAUCAAGGAUGAUCAUGCAAGGGCCCAAAUCCCGUUCGCCUUUGGGGCGUACUUGAAGGGUUUCCCCAAGGGUGCUGAUCGGCUAUCGGCAGGGGUGGCCCUCUUGGACAAGGACCUUGAGGCCAAAAAAUGGAACGACUCAAUUGUUUCAGACCUCUAUGGCAAAAUUGGCCAGGUCUUGUUGCGUCCCUUCGUUGCUCAGCUUCAAAAUCAUCUGGGGAGGCCGGUUCAGGCUUCUGAUCUCCCCACGGAUGACAUUAUCCAGACUCAGUUCGAGAAAUUCCUGCGAGCUCAGCAAAGGGAAACCGAUCGGGCUGCUGGGAGAGAGCUUGAGCCCCUGUCUGAUGAUGAUGAAGACGAGGACGAAGAGGGGGAUGAAAUGGCCCCUAGCCAAUAAUUUAUAUGUACUUUUUCAUUACUUGUUGUAAUUCUCUUUUCUCUAAGUAGCUUGUACUUCCCGGUCAGUAGAACCGAUGAAUAUAUAUCCCUUUUUUGCCUGAAGCUUUGUGUACUGUUUUUUCUGUCUUUAAUGCAUGAUUUACUCGUCAUUCGGGAUUCGGCCCGUUUUGUAGGACUUUAUUUCUUGCUCAAAUACUCGUAAUGCCGUUGAUCGCCGUUCGGGUAUUAGAAAGGUUCUGAUAAUUUAUUAAGGGAAAAACCCCUUCCCUCUGGGCAUUAACCAAUUGAUCGUCGUUCGGGCCUCAGACCAUUUUUAGGUCAGUACAUCCUGGCUUUAGAUAAUCUUUUACAACUUGAUAGCCGGUCGAGCUUCAGAUCAAUCCUUAGCUUCUUAUGACGUUGAUAGCCGAUCGGGCUUCAGGUUAAUUUUUAGGACUUAGCAGUUUUCUUGGUUUUCUUUGCACCUAGGCUUCUUCAUAAGUUGGUAGCCGUUCGGGCUUCAGUUCAAUUUUUAGGACAGCCGUUUGAUUUCAUAUAACCUUUUACAACAUUGAUAGCCGGCCGGGCUUCAGGUUAAUAUUUAGGACUUAGCAUUUUUUAUAAACAGCAAGUCCCUGUGAUCUUUGUUAAUCCUCUGUAAGCCCGUCCGGGGUACGUGCACAAAAAAAAUGAAUCAUCAAUGCCCCAGAUUAAUCGUAACCACCCAAUGCCACGUGUUGCUCGUGGAUUAGGGAUUUGUGCGGCACUUUCCUUAUUUAUAGAGAGGUGCUUCCCCUAAUUUCUCCUGCUGUUUUCUCAUUUUUCUUUCGAGCUUUCUCUCUCUAAAAUUCCCAGAAUUCCCUUGCAUACUCUCAAGCCUUCUCUCUCUAGAAUUCCCAGAGUUCCUCCAGCAUUUUUAUGUACUACUCCUCUAGCUCAGAAUCUGAAGAGAUGCCUUUGAUUCGCAAAAGCAAAACAUCCGCUGGUAACCAGGCCGAAGGCUCUUCGUCCCAAACACCUAAAAACGCCAAUCCUCAGGCCAGCAAACAUAUCGAACAGCCACAGAAGGACGGAUGUCUGUCCGGAAAUGACCUCCAAGUUUAUAACAAGGGGAUGCCCGAGCGGCCACCCCGCAUUGCCCUACACUUCAAUCGCAUACGCAAACACAAACAACGUCUCCCAGAAGAUGUCGAACGGCAACUUAGCCAGUUAUUGCCCCCACCAAGGGAAUACUACGCCGGAUUCAUUCGGCACCCUAUGAGGCACCGACCGGGGCACGUGCUAGUGCACCUUGACGCUCUGACUGCUGGACUUCGGUUCCCUCUCCAUUCAUUUAUAGUGGAGUUCUUACGCCGGGUUGCUGUACUGCCCGCUCAGUUCGUGCCCAACACCUACCGCAUUCUGACAGGCUUCAUUAUUCGGUGCCACGAGUUGAGGAUCACCCCCAGCGUCGAUCUGUUCCUUUAUCAUUACUGCUAUCAGCCCUACUGGACGACCGGGUACCUGAAACUGGUAGCUCGUUCUGAUCGUCAGCUGUUCACAGAGAACGUUACCCCGCAGGCUGACUGGGAGGAGCAGUUUUUGUUCGUUCGGGUAAAUGAUUCUCUGCCAUUCCCGGAUAGGUGGAACGCAUACCCCGUUCGGGAUUCUCUGCCUAGGGUGGACGCCGUUCUACGCUCCCAAGCUGAGUCUUUGCGGAUGGGAGGGACCAGAAGUCUUCGCAGCUUUGUCACUACCUCGAGCAUGUUAUCUGCUGGAAUCGGUAAGCAUAGUAGGGUUUUAACCCGAUCAUCCUUCGCUCUCACAAUUCAACUUCUUAUCUUUUAUUUCUCUUUCUUGUAGGUGUGAUAUCUCCCAUACCCGUCCGGCGCUCUAUCUCUUCUGCUAAAGGAAAGGAAAAGAUGAUAGCCGAUCGUGACUCGGUGGAGCAAACCCGCAAAAAGCGCAAAGGAAAUGAUGGCGAUCACCUGAUCCCGAUCGAUCAUGUGGUUGAUUUGACCGGUCCGGAUGUUGAACCCAAAAGAUCGGUGCCUGCUAAAACCUCCACCUCGGUUCUUACUAACACACCGAUCGAUGAUCGGAUGUUUGUUGAGUUUUCAAAUAUGGGGCCCAGAUCAGAGGGGAGGUAUCUGUUCGGGCUGAUGCCAUCUUCUAUGUGGUGUCAUACUGCGAUCAAAGUUCCCCCGAGCUUCACCAACUUGACUCACUGGUCGGACCUUUUCGAAGCAGGUCACCAGGAAGCACUCAAGGUACAUUUCAUUCCGACCCAUGCCUUCCUACUAUUCAUGUUUUACCUUAUCUGACUUUCAUUGUAAUCUUGUUUUCAGGCCGGCGUGUAUUAUCACAAGGCCUUUCUUGCCGUUGAGAAGGAGAUGAAAGCCCUGGCCAGCGAUCGGGAUGAUGGCCAGGUCCUCCUUUCUGCCGCUCGGAAGUUAGCGGCCGAUCUCCAAGAGCAGGCCAAAGAGGGUGAGAAGGAAAAAGUUGCUAUGGCCGAGAUGCAGGAGAUGUCCCGUCGUCGCGAUCGGGAGCUUAAAGAACUCUAGGCCAAGGUGAGGGCUGCUGAGUCUGCUGGUAUCAAAUUUGACAAAGCUGUUGGCGACCAUCUGCCCGAACCCUACACGGUCAAUACUUCCCAGAUUGCUCAACAAUCGAUAGUGGAUUUUCAACGGGGAAAGGGCCAGAACGUCGCUCUGGAGAACACGGCCCGGCAAUUCCUGGGUCCUCACCUUGGCCAAUUCUUGCGUGAGAGCGAAGAUCCCAUCAAAGCAGGGAUCGACCUCCUGGACAGCACGCAGGAAGGGAAAUCUUUUUUGGAUGUCCUGACCGAGAAAACUGUGGAGCAAAGUCAGGACCUGCUUCUGGACAGGAACCUUGAAUUGAUCCUAGAGCAUUUUCCCAAGCCGUUCGAUCCCGACGAAUUAGGCUUUGACGAUCUGUUCGGGAAUACAUAUGAUCGCAUUAUGGAGAAAAGGUCCAAGGCAGCGCCUGAUGAUGCAGUGCAGGGAGCUCUCAGCCUACAUCUUCCCCGAACGGCAAUCCUCCAGUAGUGUAGCCUUCAACUGUAACUUUUUGCUUCUUUAUUCUUCUUGUAUAUUCCGGCUAGUAAUGCCGAAGAAUAAACUGGACUUCUUUCCUUAUCUGUUGUCUCUUUUCUAUUCUUCCUUUGAUUUUUUGUUCACAAUCGUUUCUACGUGGCCGAACAUCACUCGGCUCAUGUAUCUUUAUGUCUGACACCUUUCCCGAACCCGUUUUGAUCCCUUUUCCUGUUCGUGACACACAGGUUCAAAACUCUUAGCUGAGGUGAAUUCUUCCAAGCCGUUUUGAUCGUGACCACAGGGUCAAACUCUCAGCUGGGAUAAGGGCUCCCUUCAAACUGUUAACCCGUUCGACAUUCGGUCAUCCGAAAUGAUUUCACAUGUUAACAAGCUGAGAUGAGACUCUCUUCACAAUUGCUCUGACACCUUUCCCGAACCCGUUUUGAUCCUUUUUCCUGUUCGUGACGCACGGGUUCAAAACUAUUAGCUGAGGUGAAUUCCUCCAAGCCGUUUUGAUCGUGACCACAGGGUCAAACUCUCGGCUGGGAUAGGGGCUCCCUCCAAACUGCUAACCCGUUCGUCAUUCGGUCAUCCAGAAUGAUUUCAUGCGUUAACAAACUGAGGUGAGGCUAUCUCCCUUCCAAACCCAUAAUUCCGAUGCAUUCCGAACUGUUCUCUCUGGCUCGUAUCAUCCAUAUUAGGGGUCUGAGGUAACCCUUUUCGAACUGUAAGCAAGAUCACCGAAUUUGGGUCAUUCCUUACUUAUAGCUAAAAGGGCGACUCGCUUCCAAAUCAAGUUAAUGACUGAGGCGAGAUUUUUCAAAACCAUAGUUCCGAUUCCCCGGGCGACAAUCCGUAACUUAUCCGAACGUCGCUCGGUUAAUCCAUAUCUUACAGUCUUGACGACUCAGCUCCCUCCAAGCUGUUAACCCGUUCGUCAUUCGGUUAUCCAGAAUGAUUCUACGUGUUAACAAGCUGAGGUGAGAAUCACUGUCCUUCGAACUCCAGGCCAUUUUGAUCCCUUCAUCAAUGCGUAAUUACAGGGUCAAAACUCUUGCUGAAAU